CUCGUCCUACUCCUCCAUUCCUCCUUUUGAUUUGCUCUUCUUCUCCUCCCCCUUCAAUUCAAUAGAAUCAGUGUUUUGAAUUCUUGUCUUUCACUUCUUCUUCUUCCUUGCUUUUGAUUUCUUCUGUUCAGUUCUUCACCAGCGAGCUGUGGGACCCAGUUACGCAGCCGGCCGGCCGCCCUCCCUCCUUCUCUUCUUCUUCUUCGAUAGUCGAUGCUUGAUUGAUGUGGCUGUAAAUAUCAACAUUUGCUGAAUUGAAGAGGUUGCCUUUGUGGCCGUGCUCGAUUGCCUUCACAGUGCUAACAGCAUAUAUAUAUAUAUAUAUAUAUAUAUAGAGAGAGAGAGAGAGAGAGAGAGAGAGAGAGAGAGAGAGAGAGAGAGAGAGAGGUUUUGAUUCUUUGACUAGUGGGGAACCCGCAGCAUAUAUCCUAAUCGCAUCAUGGACCCCUCCAUUAUGAAGAAGCUGCUCGAAGACGAUGAGGACGAAACCAUGCAUUCGGGGGCGGAUGUGGAGGCCUUCCAGGCUGCCCUCAAUAGGGACAUUGAAGGAGAUGCAUCUGCUUCCCAGCCAUCUGAUUCCGACUCCGCGAUUUUGUCUCAAGGAAGCAAUAAUACUUCUAGUCAGCCAUUACCACAGUUCCAAACAACUGGUCAGGAUGAAAGUACAGCAUGCGAAAUGCAACAUGACCAAAAAAUUGCACAACCGCGAGAACUCCAUUCAUAUGAAAUGGAGCUAAAGCAACAAGGAUCUGUUGCUGAAAAUAUGCAGCUAAAAAGUGAUGCCUCACAGGAACUUAGUCACUUUUCUUUGUCCCAGAAGCAACCCCAAGGUGAUCUUCAACAAGGGCAAGCAGAACAAAAAUCCCUCCAGGUACCUGAAACAACUGGCACGCCGAUUUCUGGAAAAAUUCCCGUCUCCAAUCAGGAGCAGGACAUUACACCUACUCCGCAAAGCGAAUCUCAGUACUUAAAGCUUCAGAGGAUGAGCAGUCAACAGGCAAUGAUCACUGAGCAGCCAAGCAACCCAAUGAAUCGUAGUAAACAAGUACCGUUUGGCCUGUUACUACCUGUCCUAUUGCCCCAGCUUGAUAAAGACAGGGCCAUGCAACUUAAUACUCUAUUUGGCAAACUCAAGAAUAAUGAAAUCUCAAAAGACGCUUUUGUUCGGCACAUUCGAAGUGUUGUUGGGGACCAGAUGCUCAAAUUGGCAGUAAUGAAAGUACAAUCGCAGCAUACAAAAACUUUGCAGCCAGGUCCUAAACACCAGUUACUGCCUCAGGCUUCAGUGCAGCAACAGUCUCCUAAGAUGCCAUCCGCAAUUGCAGGUUCCACACAGUUCCCUGAUCCCCGUUCAUUUGCACUUAAUCAGAGAGGCACCAACUCUCCGACAGACCCAUCACACAUUCCAUCUUCAACAGUUCAACUGCAGUCUGAUUCAAGCCAUUCAGUCAUUGAAAACAGUGCUAAAAAACUGCGGGAGGCAGAACGUCAGUCAGACUCUCAUGGAAUGCAAGUCAGCCAAAUGUCUUCUUCUAGUGUGGUAGCUGGGAAUCAAGAAAGGGAGCGCUCAUCUGGUCCUAUGCAAAUACUUAAUAAGCAGCAACAACCGUUGCAGUAUCCACAAUCAUCCUAUUCCAUGUAUGGAAGUACUGGUGGUAAUUAUCACCCAUAUACGGGGACAAGUAUCAAUACAUUGCCUCUCAAACAGCAACCUCAUGAUUCACAACUUAGGCAAAUACCACAACAUCAAAGCAUGGGUUCAGCUCAGUCAGGUGGGGAAGCAAAGGGAGGGAACGUCAUGGGUGUGUCCAAUUUGGAGAGGCAAAAUUUGAUGAAGGACCCUAGUAGACUGCAGGGUGGAUCUCUUUCGCACUUUACAAAUAAUUCAAAUUUACAACAGAAUAUAGCUCCUUGGCAAUCCUCAAAUAAAGAGCCACAUUCUGGUCCUUUGUCAUCAAUGCCUUUUGUAAAACAGGAACUGACUGAUCAGACUGCUGAGCAGCAGCACAAACCCCCAUUGUCUAAUUCACAGGAAUUGACUUCUGCUGCGAAACUUGAGCAGGGGAAUGGGUCACCUGGAAUUUCAAUGGACGAGCCGUUAGAUAAGCAAUCUUCAAGAAUGGGGUUUCCAGCAUCUGUAAGCAUUGGGGCUUCAUCUUCUACAAGCACAGUGCCCCCGAAUUCUGUUUCUUCUUCCAUGACAACGCAAGCUGAUCCCAACGUCUUGUUAGGCCAUCGAAUACCCUCUGGAACUUCUCCUGCUGGGAUUAGUAAUAGAGCACCUCCAAAAAAGCCUUCUGUUGGCCAAAAGAAGCCUCUUGAAGCACUUGGUUCUUCACCACCUCCGUCUAGUAAGAAGCAAAAGGUAUCCGGGAACUUUUUGGAUCAAAGCAUUGAACAACUGAAUGAUGUGACUGCUGUUAGUGGAGUUAAUCUUAGGGAAGAGGAAGAGCAGCUGUUUUCUGGGCCCAAGGAGGAUAGUCGAGCUUCAGAAGCAUCUCGAAAGUUUGUGCAAGAAGAAGAAGAGAGGCUGAUUUUGCAGAAGGAUCCCUUGCAGAAAAAGUUGGCAGAAAUUAUGAUCAAAUGUGGAUUGAAAAGUGUAAGCUAUGAUGUGGAGCGGUGCUUGUCACUGUGUGUGGAGGAAAGAAUGAGGGGACUAAUAAAUAAUCUGAUCAGACUGUCAAAGCAGAGAGUUGAUGCUGAGAAGCCAAGACACCGCACUAUUAUUACCUCUGAUGUUCGGCAGCAAGUUAUGAAUCUCAACCAGAAUGCCAGGGAAGAAUUUGAAAAAAAGCAGGCCGAGGCAGAAAAACUUCGAAAGCUUAAUGAACCUGAGGUUAGCAAUGGAGUUGAUGGUGAUAAGGACAAAGAUGAAGGUCGUUCGAAAUCAUUUAAGCCAAACAAAGAGGAAGAUGACAAAAUGAGGACAACAGCAGCAAAUGUUGCUGCCCGAGCUGCUGUUGGAGGAGAUGACAUGUUGUCAAAAUGGCAACUUAUGGCUGAGCAAGCCCGGCAAAAACGUGAAGGUGGGAUUGAUGUAGCAUCUGGGUCCCAGCCAGGUAAAGAUGUAAACCGCAAGCCUACAUUAUCAGCAGGAAGAACUAUGAAGGACAAUCAAGAAGCAGAGAAAAGGAGCGGUGGAACUCCUGUUGCUUCAGCUGCCGGGACUAUUAGAAAAUGUGGAAAGAACCAAGUUAAUGUGCCUCAAACGAAGGUGGCUCGUAGUAUAUCUGUUAAGGAUGUGAUUGCUGUCCUAGAGAGAGAACCUCAGAUGUCGAGAUCUACUAUGAUAUAUCGCUUGUUUGAGAGAGUUCAAUCUAGCACCACUGGUGAAUAAAGGUACAAGUUUAAAACCUUGUAGCAAAAUGAUUGGAAGGAAACCAAGUCUCUUUGAACCAACCCCGUCUAUCAGAAUGCAGCGGAACCUUGUGCUUUACGGAGUUGUUAUUCUUCCCAUUCAUUUGGUUGUAAAUGUAAUUCUGCUGGUGUUGGUAAGUUUGCUGUACCAUAAGCUUUUAUUGUUGUUGGCAAAGCUGGCCGAUGAUGGUUUUACUAUUCUUCCCUUUAUUUGUGUUAUUUUAUCAUGCUGUUCCAAUACGUCACCCUCGUUUCAUC